AUGGCUGGCGCAGUGAGACAACCCAUUGAUCAGAAGGCAUUGGAACGAUAUCUGGAGAAGCAUGUACCAGAGAUCAAGACACCUCUGGAGCUCAAACAAUUCGGCUUCGGUCAAUCAAAUCCCACAUAUCAGAUCACCGACGCCAAACAUCAACGAUAUGUUCUCCGUAAGAAGCCGCCAGGGAAAUUGCUUUCGAAGACCGCCCACCAGGUCGAUCGCGAGUUCCGCGUGAUACAUGCUCUAGAGCGAACAGAUGUAGCCGUACCGAAGACAUACUGUCUUUGUGAGGAUGACAGCAUUAUCGGCACAGCAUUCUAUGUCAUGGAGUUUCUCGACGGAAGGAUGAUCCAGAAUCCGAGUUUUCCUGGUGUCAGCGCAGAGGAUCGAAGAGCAAUGUGGAAGGAUGCAGUGCGGACAUUGGGCAAGCUGCAUAGAAUACGGCCAAAGGAUGUUGGGCUCGAGACUUUUGGUAAACCAUCUGGAUUCUACAGCAGACAGAUCAAGACGUUCGGACGACUGGCAGAGACACAAUCGUCAACGAAGGACAUAGAGUCUGGCGAGGCUGUUGGUCAACUACCGCAUUUCAAUGAGUUCUUAUCGUUCUUUCAGCAAAAUCAGCCACAGGAUCGUGGUGUGCUUGUUCAUGGCGACUACAAAAUUGAUAAUCUGGUCUUCCAUAACACAGAGCCAAGAGUGAUAGGGAUACUAGACUGGGAGAUGAGCACAGUCGGCCAUCCGUACGCAGAUCUCACCAAUCUCAUUCAGCCAUGGACAAUAUCGAACGCUACGGAGUCCUGGCCACGGAUACACGCCGACACUGCUUUCCUACACCCUUCGAAAUCUAAUUCGACAAAUUCGGAGUACCCCGGUCUACCAGCACGGGAAGAAGCAGUAGCAUGGUAUGAGGAAACUGCUGGUUAUCAGAUUCCUGAGAAAGAGCUGGCCUGGGCGACCAGCUUUGCACUGUUCAGAGAUUCGAUCAUAUUCCAAGGCAUCGCGGCGAGGUAUGCUACAAGGCAGGCUAGUAGCGAUAAGGCUAUGACGUAUGGUAGGGAGCGGACGCCUUACGCUGAGAUGGCUUGGGAGAUGGUCGAGAAGAUUAAGCAGGGAAGUAGAGGGUCGAAGCUGUAG